AUGAUGCAAUUCAUGUUGCUAUUCAGUAGACAAGGUAAACUGAGACUUCAGAAAUGGUAUGUGGCGCAUCCAGACAAAUUAAAAAAGAAAAUUACGAGAGAGCUUAUAACAACUGUCCUAGCGAGAAAACCGAAAAUGUGCUCCUUCUUAGAAUGGAAAGAUGUCAAAGUUGUUUAUAAAAGAUACGCAUCCCUGUACUUCUGCUGUGCCAUGGAGCAAGAGGACAAUGAACUGCUGACACUGGAACUCAUACACAGAUAUGUGGAGCUGCUCGACAAAUAUUUUGGAAGUGUGUGCGAAUUGGAUAUAAUUUUCAACUUUGAGAAGGCUUACUUCAUUCUGGACGAGUUGGUGCUCGGCGGUGAGUUGCAGGAGACCAGUAAGAAGAAUGUUCUCAAAGCAAUCGCUGCCCAGGACUUACUACAGGAGGUCAGUAGUCAGGAUAAUGAGCUUGUGUAA